AUGGCUGAUCCAACACCGCCGCCUCCGCCGUUGCUGGCGCUCCACCUGCCGCCACCUACCAGCGGUGCUCCUCGCCAGGAUCCGGCGAACGCCCUCGCCGUGCCCUCCGCUGUGCCUCCAACCACACCGCGAGUCCCCGCGCCGUCUGCGAGAAGAAAGCCAUGGUCUUUCCACUGCCGCGCGGCGAAACCAACCCCACAGGCCCAGAUCGAAACGGAUCUGGACCUGACCGCACCUUCAUCCACUGCUCCGGCGCCAGCGCUUCCGGGGGCAUCACCUCACGCCCACCGCAUGGAGACGGCCGACCGCCCGCUGCCCGCCAGGAUCUCCUUCCUGGCAGGGCCUCCUCAGCGCCGCCACCUCCAUGGCAGAGCGCUCGCGCCGCCGCCGCCCACCAGUGCCAGCGCACCGCCUUCUUCCUCCUCCUCCGCACAACAACCUCCUGACCCGGUUCCUUCGCACCACCGCGCUCUCCGCCAUGCUCCGGCGACCAGCAACAAGAUCACGCCACUGGCCACCCCACCUCCAAGGCUGGCCCUGGGGAAGACCCGCUCCGCGCGAAGGGGCCUGUCGUGGGGGCGUCGCUAG